AUGAUGGCAACAUUUUCCAGUCUUCCAAACGAGCUUCUUGUUGAGAUAUGGCGCCAUCAAAUCCAUGUUCUGUCCAGCCCAUUCCUGCUGGAGCAUCGCGAGCAGAAGCGCCAGUUCUCAACUUUUGAUAACGGGGGUCGAGAGUCGAACAUAUCCGCAGCAGGCUUGCUCAAAGGUAUCACGACAAGUCCUCGGGUUGCGCUCUACGUGGAGGACUUUGCCAUCACUAGCUGGCGUGACCGUUGGGAGAAUGAAGAAAAGGCAGUCAACACGCCCAUGGCAUUCGAUCCACAAGCUGAGGAGGAGGGGCGUCGCUACCGCCACACACCUUACGCGGAAGAAGACUUGAAACUUUUGGAACGAGCGGCGAAGAGGGUUGAGCCCGUUGUCGGCGACGUCGAGUCUCUUGUCGAGGGAAUCAAAAGGUGGAACAGCAGUAGGAAGGCGCCACAUCCAGCCCAACGCCGGGUACAGUAG